CGCAGCUCUCUGUCCGGUACACAGUGGAAACAUGUCGGGAAGGAGGGAGCCCAGCGGAGGAACUGCGUUCAUGAAACCUACACCUGAGACAUAAACUGACCGUUAAUCAGUCCGGACGGACGGUGGGGUGUUAGCAACCGCCGGGGCCACGUUACUAUUUCACGGAAGCGGGCCGGUCACGAGCGAAUGGACGGAUAAAGACCAACAGCCGGGGCUCAAUCAGAAGAAGUAGCCCAGCAGGCAGGCGGCCGGGGCCGGGCAGAGAGAGAAGAAGGGACAGUGUGUGUGUGCUCGAAACAAGACUGGGUUGCUGCUUGCUAGGGGAUGUUAUCCGUACUGUCUUAUGGCAGACUGGUAGCCAGGGCUGUCCUGGGCGGACUCUCUCAGACGGACGGUCGGGACUACAGCCUGAUCACCGCCAGUUAUGGCUUCGGUAAAGACUUUCGGAAGGGGAUCCUGAAGAAAGGGAUGUGCUACGGUGAUGAUGCCUGCUUCAUUGCGCGGAACAGGAACGCAGACGUUUUGGGUGUUGCAGAUGGCGUGGGUGGUUGGCGUGACUACGGCGUCGACCCGUCUCAGUUCUCAGCCACGUUAAUGAGAACCUGCGAGCGACUGGUAAAGGAGGGACGCUUCACUCCCAGUAACCCAGUGGGUAUCCUUACAUCUGGCUACUAUGAGCUUCUACAGAACAAAGUUCCCCUGCUAGGGAGCAGCACAGCCUGUAUCGUGAUUCUGGAUCGGCGGAGUCACCGGCUACACACAUGUAACCUGGGUGACUCAGGCUUCUUGGUGGUUCGGGGAGGAGAGGUGGUUCAUCGCUCAGACGAGCAACAGCACUAUUUUAACACGCCCUUCCAGCUGUCAAUCGCUCCCCCCGGAGCUGAAGGGGUGGUGCUCAGUGACAGCCCCGAAGCAGCUGACAGCUCCUCCUUCGACGUGCAGCUCGGUGACAUCAUCCUGACGGCAACCGACGGCCUCUUUGAUAACAUGCCAGACUAUAUGAUUCUGCAGGAGCUCAAAAAACUCAAGACUACCAACUAUGACAGCGUCCUGCAGACUGCACAGAGUAUUGCAAAGCAAGCUCAUGACCUUGCCUACGACCCCAAUUACAUGUCCCCUUUUGCACAGUUUGCCUGUGACAAUGGCCUGAAUGUAAGAGGAGGGAAGCCAGAUGAUAUCACGGUGCUGCUGUCCAUUGUGGCUGAAUACACAGACUAAAAAGUGUGUCUGAGAGUGUGUGUGUGCUUCUCUGGGGCUGACCCUCCCUUCCCGUCUGCAUAAGUCUUCCACCUGCAGCCUUCCCAAAAAUGCACUGCAUCCUGUGGGCUGACAGGGGAGGCUCACCAACCACGACACACACUCCUCGCUGCGGGGCCGACGUCCACCCGUGUACAUUUUUUGUUUUCUUCCUCUGUUGUUGUUUUGGUGCUUGAACGGUUGAGGGGAAUCAGGCAGCUAGGACAUUUUCAUGUUGAUCAUGAGGCAGGAGGAGUUGAGCACGACGGGCUGAGGGAUGCUUUUCAGUCGCUUGUGUCUGAAUGUGUCGCGUCAACACUUUCUAGGUGUCUGGGAGACAGCCUGGGACAGAUCGGCUUAAAAGGGGCUUUAAAACCUGGUAGCCCUUGUGUACAAAAAAGUGAUAUAAUAAGAAGAGUAAGCCAAGCUUGGGAUUUUUGGGAGAGUAGUGAUAGAGUAUUGAACCUGGCUAGCUGUCUCUGUUGCUCCAGUUGUUAAUCUGUUCCUUGUUGUUAGUGUGUUUGAACAAAGCAAAUGUAUGGACUGAGAAAGCGGAUGUCAGUAAUGGAUGGGUGUUAUUAGAGAAUGAGAUUCAAGAAUGGGCUUUCAGUUUCUUGGGAAUGUGAACGUUGAAAGAGCGAACUGCUCCGAUCAAAGAAACCUGUAAAGGGAAACCAUAACACUUGUUAGAGCUUACACGUCAAGGCUAAUCAGUUUUCGUCACUUGGCAGGGGGGAAUCUGUCGGAGCACACAUCCCGAUAAGUUGUAAAUAUUUUUGUGUUUUUAGGGCUUCGUUCCGGCCUUUCUGUCGUCUUCGCUUCGGCUGCUGAAGCAAAGAGCUAUUUCGUUACUAUCGUGGAGGAUGUACACAUGCAUUCAUAAAUAUAUUUUCUUGUAUAGAUGUUAAUCUUGAAGUGAGCUUUAUCAAUCCCACACUUCCAGAGGCUGAAAUGAACAAGAAGAUCUUUGCUGAGAUUGAUCGCUGCAACACGUGUGGUAGGGAGGAUGUUUUAAAAAAAAAAAAAAAAAGUGUGAGUGUGUGUGGUACACGUGAGUUAUUGGGAUGUGUGGCAUACUUAAUGUUAAUAUUUGUUAUCUCACAAAGCUAAAGCUAGCAUCUGGGAAUGCUUACUAUUGCAAUGAUAGGUCAGGCGUGUGUUUAAAGGAAGAGAUGUAUUUUUUUAAAGUAGUAAGAGUUUGAAGUGUCUGCCGAAAGGAAAUAUGUGUCAUGGAUGACAAAGAUCCAGCUAUCUUAACGAGAAUCAGGUGUGUGUGCGUGUGUGUGUGUGUGUGUAGGUGUGUCAAAUUUGUUUUUAUGUCUCCGUUCCUUAUUUCCCUUUUACAUUUGUUUGCUGCUUCUCUUUUGUAAUUCAGAUGUCUGUAUAUGACUUGACAUGAUUUAUACGAACAUGGUCGCCAUGAUUGUAACGAGUGUGUGUAAAUGUGUGUGUGUUGCAUCAAAUGACAUUAAUCAAAGACCUUGAUUAGUACUGUUCUGCUCAUGAUAGUUUGUCCCUUUUUGUCUAGCAGCUCACCCAAGUGGUUCGGACAAUGUCUUUUACAGUUUAAAAGCAGGUGCACCAAAGACACAUUUUCUUUGUGUAUGUCAUACACAACGCUUUGUUGUUACAAACAUCAUACAGCAAUACUGUAAAUUCCUUGUGCUCUGAGUCUUGUGUGAUGGCCAGAGGUGUGGGUCGACACGUUCAGAUGGACAUUAAAAAUGUCUUUUCUAUGCCUAAAGUUGUUUUUAUCCAAGCAAAAGCUGUAUCAUAUUCUUGGGUUAAGAUGUGUGUGCGACUGGUUGUAACAAAGUAUAGACAGGUUUAUGAAACCAAAGAAGGAAAGCCAUAUGUAAACACAUGAUCAGGGCACUGAUGUGUGAGCCCUGCUGUAAAGAUGACAUGUUUCUUCCUCAUACACAUAAUGGACACAGUGAUCUGCAUAUUAACCGUCUGCACUGUUCUUUCUGCAUGGUUUCUUUCUCAGCUACUGGCACCAUUUUACAAAGUUAAAAAUCAUUGUUCUUGUCUUUCAGAGUGGUUUAUAAAGGUGUAUAAAGGUACUGAACUUGUAUUUACUUCAGAGAUAGCCCUAUAUUUGACAGAGGGAUGUAUCCCAUAUGCAGAAGAAGAAGGGGUGGUGAUGUAGGUGAUGCUGCUGUGAACUUACAGAAUGAGGGUGAGCACAGUUUCAGCCUUAACAAAUAGCUAGACCUGUAAUCAAGAGGCCUUUCCUGUCAUUGCAAGCUUGUGUCGUGUCGGUCACGUUGCCCGGUGUUUGAUGUAAGUGAAAGUCCCUCCCCCGUCUUUUCUCUCCUGUAAAGUUGUUUCUCAAAGGUGCUUCUGCAGUCUGUAUGGUAUGAUUGUCCUCCUUUCAGCAAGCGAUGUUUGUGUGUAUGAAAGAUACACCUAUGUCUACAGUGUAACAAUGCAGGUCUAAUUUAUGUAAAUAUGUUUUAAAAUAUGUACAAUAUUUAAAUAAAGAAUCUAGUAUUUAUA